CAAGAGACGAAAAGUCGCUUUUGGGCGACGUAUGUGCAUGAAGCAGCUGAGCAUGAUGGACAAAUUCUCGAUAAGUACAAAAGCGAUAUGGACAUCGUUCUAAUAUUCGCGGGUCUUUUCUCCUCUGUUACUACGUCCUUCAUUGUCAAUAUGCAGCAAAACUUAGCUCCUGAUCCAACUACGGAAACCAACAUGCUUCUCAAGAGGCUGAUUCAUACAGUCAACAAUUCAACAUUUUUGGACGUCAAUUUUGAUACACCACCGUGGACUGGUCCUGGCUCCACCGAAAUAUGGGUCCAGUCACUCAUAUAUGCAAGUUUAUCCGCGAGCCUUCUCGCAGCACUGGGAGCAAUGCUGGGCAAGCAAUGG